AUGCUCAGAGGAUUCUGCCUUGAGAUGAAGAUGCUGCUGGCUUUGUUCUUCAUCCUCUUUGAGACACAUGCAUCGAUUCCCCAGAGCACCGUCCCUACAGAUAUUGUCCUCUUAGUUGAUGGCUCUGACACUAUGGAACCUUCAUCUCUUCCCUAUGUGAAAAAUUUUAUGAUCCGUAUGAUUGACAGCCUACCAAUAGAGCCUAACAAGUUUCAGCUGGCGCUUGCUCAGUACAGUGAUGAUUUUUCCACUGAAUUUAUGCUGGACGCUUACAGAAGAAAGGGUCCUAUGGUGAAGUAUAUCAGAAAUGAAUUUACAUUUAAUGGUGGGAGUUCAGUACAAAUUGGAAAUGCCCUCUAUCAGGCUUAUGAAACCUUUUUCCAAAAGUCAGCAGAUGAAAAAGAAAAGCAACAAAUCAUUGUGAUUUUGACAUCAGCACAUUCAGAAGAUGAUAUUCAAGAAACUGCCACAAGCUUGCAGAAUCUUGGAGUAAAGAUAAUAGCUAUAGGGAUAAAAGAAGCACCAUAUAAUGAACUUUUUGAGAUGGCCACCCCACCAUUCCAUUACAAAAUUCCAGUGAUAGAGGAACUGCCUAAAUUCUCAGAAUAUAUGCCACAGAUCAUUGAUGAUAUUAUCCAAGAAGACAUCACAGACUUAAUAAGUAUACCUGAUUACAAUGACACAACUGUGCAAGAAGAUACUACAGAUAUUGUCCUGUUGCUUCCCGGCCAACAGGACACAGAAAAUGACGCAUUUUUUUACAUGAAAGACUUUAUUAGCAAACUGAUAUACGAUCUGCCACUGGAAUCUAACCAAUACCGUCUUGCACUUGUCCAGUACAAUGAUGAUGUUCAUGAAGAGUUUAGACUGGACAAAUAUAAAACAAAGAAGCAUAUGUUGAUGCUUGUGCAAGAAAUGCAAGCACUGCAAGAUGGGCCACUAAAAACUGGCAAGGCCCUCCGGUACAUUUAUGAAAGGUAUUUCAAAGAACCGGUUAAUGGAGCAGAUAGAAAUCAGGUUUUAGUUGUCCUGUCUUCUUUGCCUUCUGAAGAUGAUGUGGAAGAGUCAGUGAAAAUGUUACAAGACAAUGGAGUAAAAGUGAUAGCCCUUGGGAUACGUGAAGCUGUGAGACAACAACUGAGCUUGAUGGCUACGCAGCAAUUCUCUUCUUAUAUUCCUAAGGAAUGGGACCUCCCUAUGUUUUCUAAAAAGGUCUCCAAUAUUAUUGCAGAGUUCCAAAUGGAUAGCAUUAAAGAAGUAGAAGUUCGCAUCCAUUUUCCACUGGAAUGUGACGGAGACUUGGUUGCUGACAUUGCAUUUAUAGUUGAUCAGGGUACUUCAAAGUCAAACUUCGAAGAAUUAAAGAAAUUCCUGCAAAACCUAACAUCCUCAUUUGAUGUGAAGGAGAAAUGCAUAAGAAUUGGCCUGGUGAUGUACACUGAUGGACAAGAAGUGGUGUCUUAUCUGAACACAGAUACAAACAAAGCUGAAAUUCUGCAGAUAAUAAAGGACCUUUCCGCUGGGUCAGGAAAAGCCUACACUGGUGCAGCUAUUAAUGUCACAAGGCUAAAACUCUUUACUGAAAAUGCUGGGAGCAGAAGGAAGCAAGGUGUAGAGCAAAUAGCUGUUCUGGUUAACCACAGGCUCUCUCAAGACAAUGUGACUGAUGUUGCUACUCUCCUGCGGAGAAGUGGCGUGACAGUGUUUGCCAUAGGUCUUGAAGAUGCUUCUGAUCAACAGCUGGUCCAGAUAGCCUCUUAUCCUCAAGAGCAGUAUGUUACCAGUCUCAAGGUGUUUUCUGAUCUGCAAAAGCAAAAUACAAUUUUUCGAAAGAAGCUCUUGAAUCAAAUACAACACGAGCUCUAUGUCCAGUCUGAAAGAAAAGAGGUUCUCAAAACAGGAUGCCUGGACACAGAAGCAGCUGAUAUUUAUUUGCUCAUUGAUGGUUCAUCAAGUCUUAACUACUUGGAUUUUGUGGAUAUGAAGAAUUUUUUGAAGGAAAUGGUUAGGCUGUUUGACAUAGGAAUGAAUAAAGUGCGAUUUGGACUUGUGCAGUUCUCACACUUCAAUGAACUGGAGUUUAAACUUGAUAAAUACACUUCAGCAAGUGAUCUGAUAAAAGCGAUUGAAAAUAUUCGGCAAAUAGGUGGAAAUACCAGUACAGGGGCAGCUCUAGCUUACAUGAAGCCUUUGUUUGAAGAGGCCAGGAGACCAGGAAUGCCUUGCCAUCUAGUUGUUCUCACAGAUGGACAGUCACAGGACAGCGUGAAGGAACCAGCCAUGAAACUCAGGGAAGACCAGAUUAACAUUUAUGCCAUUGGUGUGAGGGGAGCCAAUAGAACUCAGCUUUAUGAGAUUGCAGGAGUGAAAAACAGAGUGUACUUUGUACAUGAUUUUGACUUGCUGAAAGACAUUAAAAAUGAAGUUGUCCGAGAGAUCUGUACCAUAGAAGCCUGCAAAGAAAUGAAAGCUGAUGUCAUGUUUCUAUUGGACAGUUCUGCAAGUAUUGGAGAUGAGAAUUUUAGAAAAAUGAAAAACUUCACAAGAGAGCUGGUGAACAGAAUAGAUGUUGGUGCAGACAGAAUGCAGAUUGGUCUUGUCCAAUUUAGCGACAAACCAAAGGAAGAGUUCAAGCUCAACACCUACUCCACCAAAAGAGAUAUCCUCAGUGCUAUUGAUAGGAUAUCUCCCCUUCAGUCCGCCACACUGACAGGAGAAGCACUGAAGUUCAUGCUUAAAUACUUUCAAGCCAGUAGUGGUUCACGUCAUGCGGUUAAAAAAAUACUCAUCCUGAUCACAGAUGGGGAAUCGCAAGAUGAAGUUGAAGCCCCUGCCAGAGGACUCCGACAAACGGGCAUUAGUAUCUACUCUGUUGGAGUUUUUAAUGCAAACAAAACUCAGCUUGAAGAGAUUAGUGGGAAGCGUGAGAGGGUAUUCUAUGUUGAAAAUUUCGAUAUUCUAAGCCAGAUAAAUAGCAACCUCAUUUUUGAAAUGUGCAGUAGUCCUCCUGAUGACAAAUGCAGAAGAGUGGAACGUUUAGACGUUGUAUUUGUUAUGGACAGCUCUGGAAGCAUAGGGUCCUCACAGUACCAGGCCAUGAAAGACUUCAUAAUUGCCCUGGUGAAACAGUCUAAUGUUGGCCCAGAUGGAGUACAGUUUGGAGCACUGAAAUAUUCUGAUAAACCGGUAGAGCUCUUCUACCUCAAUAAGUAUACUACAAAACGGGAUAUUACUGAGGCUAUCCAGAGAGAUGACCCUCUAGGGCAAUCAACUUACACGGCAGAGGCACUGUUCCAUUCAGAAAUGUUCUUCACUGAAGAACAUGGCAGCCGCAAGAACAAAGGAGUUCCCCAGGUGCUGAUGGUAAUAACUGAUGGGGAAUCCCAUGAUAAAGACAGGCUGGAUGGUGCGGCCCAGAGACUAAGGAACAAAGGAGUUACCAUCUACGCAGUUGGAGUUGAAGGAGCAAAUAGAAACGAACUUUUGACAAUGGCUGGAUCAGAGGACAAAUGUUUCUAUGUGGAUACCUUCGAAGGACUUGAGAGCUUAACCACAAAUAUAACAGAUAAUAUGUGUGAUAUUUCAGUACAAGACUGUCCAAAGAAAGCAGAUGUUAUUUUCCUAAUAGACGGUUCCAGAAAUAUAGAUGAAGAAAACUUCAGGAUAAUGAUGGACUUUGCGACAAGUGUAAUCAAUCCAGCUGUUAUUGCUCAAAAUACCAAAAUUGGCUUUGCACUGUACGGUGGUGUCUAUAAAGAAGAGUUCAACCUAGGCAUUUUUCCAAACAUAUCAGAGCUAGAAUUUAAAAUUCAAAGCAUCAAACAAAUUACAGGGCACAAAACUAAUCUUGAAAAUGCACUUGAGAAAGUGAAAUUCAACUUCCAACCAGAAAAGGGUAGCAGAAUACAUGAAAAUGUCCAACAGAUUUUAGUGGUAAUCAUGGCUGGACGAACAACCAGUAGAGCUGCAAGAGCAGCAGAAAGCCUGAGGAAGAAAGGUGUUGAUAUAUAUGCCAUCGGCGUGGGAAAUGUUGAUCAGUCCCAGCUAACACAGAUAACUGGAUCAUCAAGUAGGAAAUAUGCUGUUGAUGAUUUUUCUAACUUGAAGACCAUAAAAAAAAGACUGGUUGAUGUUAUUUGUAAGGAUAAUAGAAAAGUGGCUUGUUUUGUGGAUGUCACUGUGGGAUUUGACAUUUCGUCACAGAGGGAAGGCCACCACUUAUUUCAUGGACAGACCAGACUGGAAAAACUUUUCCCUGAGAUUUUGCAAGCCCUCCUGUUACUAAGUGAUGUGAGCUGCGUUGUUGGGUCCAAGACACAGAGCAGCGUGGCUGUUCAAGUGAAGAAUAGUGUUACUCCAAUAUCCACAAAGUUCUACAUUGACAGUGAAUCUAUCUGGCAUAACCUGUCUAAUGCUGUGAUCAAGGGACCGUCCCAACUUAAUGUUGAGUUCUUGCAGUCACUUUGGGAAACGUUUCAGAACACGGAUGAGACCCGACAAAAGGUAUUACUUGUGUUUUCGGAUGGUGUGGAUGAUGACUUAGAAGCACUCGAACAAAAAUCUGAAGAACUUAAGGAGAAAGGUUUGGAUGGUCUUAUAACUGUUGCUCUGGAAGGAGCCUCCAACAUUCAAAACUUCCGAUCCAUUGAGUUUGGAAAAGGAUUUGAAUAUGGAACUCACUUAGAUAUUGGCAUGACAGAUAUCGCUAGCAGGCUAUCCAAGUUCUUGAACAAUAUUGCUGAGAGGACCUGCUGCUGUUUGGCUUGCAAAUGUGUCGGGGAAGAAGGUGACAUCGGAGAUAGGGGAAAACAAGGGAUAAAGGGACCCAAUGGUGUUAAAGGCAACCCAGGAUAUCCCGGAGAUGAAGGAGUACAGGGCCCAAGAGGACCACCUGGACCUCAAGGACGACAAGGCAACAUGGGGUGUCCAGGCAAAAGAGGUUUAAAGGGAUUUCGAGGAUUUGUUGGAAAAAAGGGUGACAAUGGGGAAGAUGGGAGUGAUGGAAUUAGAGGAGAAGAGGGAUCUCCUGGGGUUCCUGGAAAGAAAGGAGAAAAGGGUGACAUUGGAUAUCCGGGGAGUCCAGGACCAAGAGGAUCCCCUGGAGACCGUGGCCAGAAGGGCUUUCGAGGAGAUCCUGGUAACCCUGGACUGAACAAUGCAAUAACAGGACCAAGAGGCUUUGCAGGAGAAGAGGGGGAAGAGGGUGAGAGAGGACAAGAAGGCUCACGUGGCUUACCAGGAGGCCUAGGCAACCCGGGAAUACCAGGACAAAGGGGACAACGGGGACCAGAGGGCAAUCGUGGACAGCCUGGUCAGUCUGGCUUGCAAGGAAAACAAGGAUACAAAGGACCUCAGGGACGAGAAGGCAUUAACGGUCAAAAAGGACAGAAAGGGAGACCAGGACCUAAGGGUCCUCCAAACGAACCAGGACCUAUGGGUCUGGCAGGGACUCCCGGAGCUCCUGGGAAAACAGGAAUUAAAGGACAACCUGGUGAUCCAGGACCAAAAGGAGAAAGAGGUCCAUAUGGUUUGCAUGGAAGGCAGGGAGAAGAUGGUGCUUUUGGGUAUGGUCUACCUGGAGAAAAAGGAGUAAAGGGAAAUAAAGGAUUUCCUGGCGAUUUUGGACAAAAGGGUGAAGCUGGGGACAAUGGAAUUCCAGGGGAACAUGGACUAAAAGGAUACAGAGGCAGAAUGGGUAUUCCAGGACCUGCUGGUCUGGAAGGCAGUCCAGGAGACAGGGGAUCUCCAGGACGCAGGGGGAGUAAAGGACCGAAUGGACAAGCCUUAUUUUCUCCAUGUGAACUCAUUGACUACAUCCGCAAAACCAGCCCUUGCUGGGAUGGAAAACCCAAAUGCCCAUUAUAUCCAACAGAACUGGUGUUUGCCUUGGACAUCUCUAGGACGCUCACUCCUGAGACGUUUGAACUAAUGAGAAAGAUUAUAAUAGAGAUAGUGAGUGAGGCCAGAAUCAGAGAAAGCAACUGCCCAGUGGGAGCCAGAGUUGCUGUUGUUUCCUACAACUCGGUUACCCACCACCUGAUCCACUUCUCAGAGUUUCACAACAAGAAUAAGCUACUCCACACACUAAAAAAUAUUUCUUACCAGAGAUCCUCCAGUGAGAGGGACACCGGUGGUGCCAUGAGAUUUAUUACCAGGAACGUUUUCAAGAGAACUCUACAAGGUCCUAAUGUGAGAAAAAUAGCUGUAGUUUUCAGCCAUGGACCAGCCACAGAUGCAUCUUCUGUUAAACAAGCUGUCCUGGAGAUGAGUGCAGCAAAAGUCACUCCAGUAGUUAUUGCUUUGGGAAACACACCUCAUAUCUCCCAAGCUUUCCUGAUGGAUGAUUCUGGGUUGUUUGAGGUGUUAAAUGUUCGUGAUGGGCAAUAUAAUGAAGCAUUACAAAGAUUUCAGCUCUGCACUUUGUGCUAUGACAUAUGUAAACCAGAUGCUUUUUGUGAACGUCCCAGGCGCAGUUUACCGAGGACAUAUGUGGAUGCUGCUUUCAUUCUGGAUAGUUCACAGGAAAUGAGUGGUGCUGAGUUUGAGCAAGUCAAAGACUUCAUGAGCAAAGCAAUCACUGCAUUCAACAUUUCCUCUGAUCCAAAAACAUCUGUUGUAGGGGACAGAAUAGCUGUGGUGAGCCAUGCACUACCAGGUUUCAAAGCAGGCACAGGGAAGAGGCCUGUAAAGAAAGAAUUUGACUUUGUUACCUACAGCAGUAAGGACCGAAUAAGAAGACAUAUUGAAGAAUCUCUUCAGCAGCUGAAUGGAGAGGCUGCCGUCGGCUAUGCUAUGCAAUGGACAAUUUCUAACAUUUUCUCAGCGGCUCCCAAUCCAAGGCCACUCAAAGUUAUUAUCAUUAUAUCUGCUGGAAAAACGAGUCAAUGGGACAAAGGAAUGUUAAAAAAAAUUUCCAUGCAAGCUAAGUGCCGAGGCUAUGCACUCUUUGCAAUUUCACUAGGAAAGUCCUAUGACAGAAAUGAGCUGGAAGAGCUCGCAAGCACUCCUCUGGAACAGCAUUUGGUUCAGCUUGGCAGAAUCCACAAGCCUGAACUUGACUAUGUAAUGAGGUUUCUGAAGCCAUUCAUACAUUUCCUCAGGAGUGAGAAGAACAACUACCCACCAGAAGAGCUCAGGGCAAAGUGUGUCAGACUCCUUCACAGCUAAAGACCUGUCUUUGAAACAAAAGAGACGUCUGCAGACCAUGUCACCAUAGAGGCUACUUCAUUCACUCCUCCCUGGUACUUAAGAGGAUUGUUGCAGGCUGGUAGAAAAUAGACUCCUUUAAGAACAGGAGUUUUCACCAAGAAGAAAUAAAACUGGAGUAGAAAUGUGAAGCCCUUCAGCCCAGCUGAAGACAGUGGGGACUGUGGGUGAAAGCAGAAUCUGUAUUUGAAAGAAACAAGCAAGAAGAGAAAAUAGUAUCAUUACACCAACUAGCCUUAGAUGGAUCCUAAUUCACCCUUACAAUCCCAAGCGGAAGGAAGGGGAUCUCUUCUCCAACCUUGCCCCUGCUCCAAGCUGAUCUUUUCAUUACUUUUCUCCUUCUCUUUUGGCAAGAGAAUGAUUCACAUAAACCUCUGUCCAUUUUCUGACAGAACCCCGUCUAAGGGGUACACCUCUAAGCCUGGUGCUUUCUCUAUUCACCUGCUGUAUCUUCCCAGCUAGCCUCUGAAAGCACAGAGUUGAAUUUUGGUUUCUCUCAUCUCCGUGCUGCUUUCAAGAUUUAAGUGAAUACAGACUGAACUGCAGAGUUAGUAUCAGAAUAGUCAGUGCUUAGCUAAAAGGAGCUGACCUGGUUCUGGAAAAGCUCCUGCAAAUCGUUCUUAGCUUUUUCUUGAAUUGAGUUUCCUGAGAAUGGGUUUGGGGUUUUUCAAUCAAAUGUUAAAUCGUGCUUCGUAACUUUUUCCUGAAUACUUUCUAGCUUUCAUGCCUUUCCUGAGGUGUGAAUACCAACCAUGAAGACACAAAAUGGCUUUCCCAUGCAAUUUUCUGCUAUUCAUCAUCCCUUAAGAAUGCAUUAGAAAUGUUUGCUGAAAUCAUGAUCUGAUGAUGGCUCUUUUAAAAACUUAUUUUUAGUAGUAUCAACAAUGAAAUAUUAGGAUAAAUGCAGAGAGACACUUGGUCAGUCAGAGGCCAGAAAGCAGGGAUUUCAGGUCCUUCAGAGAGGGGUUAGAGAGAAUAUAUUGGACUAUGUCAGAUUAAUUGCAGAUGGAGUUAAUGGAUUCUCCAUUUUCCAUAUGCUUAGCUUUUUCAUUUUUCCUUUUCUCCUGCAUCCUUCACAGGGGAAAGCGGGUUGUGUUUUGUUGUUAGGGACUACAACGCUCCACAGUGAUGAGAGAUGUUUUAUUCCUAUCUGUUUCCAUGGCAGAGUCCUACAGGAGCAGUCAUUAAUUCUGUGGGCUCAAUCAAGCACGUGACUUGGGAAGAGAUUUCCUCAACAAAACGCUUGCUAUCUUAAUUACAAAGAGCAUGCAGAAUAUGGGGAGACAUAACUGAAGAAAUAGAUUUCUGUCUUCACAAGGAGGUGUUUUAGUUUGCUUUGCUUCUCAGGUAUCUGUGAAGGGGAAAAGGAAUGUGCUCCUCUUAAAAGACACACGGUAACAUGAAGACAGACACAAGCAGUUCAUGAUUUUACUCUGGAAGUACACUGUAUUCCAGAGAGAUGUCUGUUUCUCUUCAGUUUUUCAGAGAACAAGAUCGCUAGAAAGAUACUUGUUUCAAAAUUACUGUACCUGUCUCUUGUGCCUCAGAGAAUUAGAAGAUCUCCACUGCGCUCAAAAACCUGAAAAUAUAUUUGAGUCUGAUGUUAAUAUGUAGCCCUCUGCACUGCACGGAUGAGGCUACUGGAAAGCUGUAUUCUACCACAGUGUUCAGGUCAUCUGGGCUCUUUACUGGUGCUAAUUCGCAAGGUGCCAUGAACUUUGUCUUUUACUUCUGUUGUUAUUAAGCCACAUUGCAGGAUUUCCAGUUAUCUCAAUGGCUCUGCUAUAACAUGUAUAUACUUCCUUAUUAAAAUGUUCUGGACAAAAAGCAUCCACAGAACAAUUUAUUUCAGAUGAAAGAGAACUGCAAAGUAAAAAGUCAAUGUGGUAUUUUCAUCAGAAAGCAUGCGUAUAUCCUCUUUGCAAUUUACAGCAUCAUUCAUGCCUCACAAAAUGGAAUUGUCCCUCAGAGGUGUAGGAAUCUGGGAAAUGUGAGGGUAGAGUGCAAGGAAAAAGAGUUUUCUGUAUCUUCCAAGAAUCGUUGCAAGCAGCUGGGCCAUAAUGGAGUUCUGAUACAGAAAAACAGAAAGGAUUUGUGAAGGGAGAACACAUUUGUUGCAUUUGAGUUAUGUAAUUUCAAGUCAUCUUAAAAAUUAAAAACAUGACUGCUCAGAAGAGUUGCACAUUUCAUGACGCUUCAGAUAAUUAUUUUAAUAAAUUAACAGCUAGAAAUGAGCAUGUGCCAUAGCUCUUUAUAGCUUGUUAGUUAUAAUAUGUUCAACACAGAAUAUUAGCUUCUCUUUAUAGAUAAACCUAAAAAUCUCAGGAAAAUAAGGUGUCCAUUCUGAUAUUGUUAAAAUUACCAAUUACUUUAGACACUAGAUUCUUUAAUUUGGAAUUGUGCUGUACCCAAUAUGACAUGGAAGAAAUUAAA